GGGCGUAUCGUCUUCUUCGUCUGGCCGAGCCGAGCACUAGCCCCAUGCGAUUUAGCCGCGGAGCUUUUACUUCGAGCUGAAGAAUUCCCCUUUUUCUUCACCACAAAUUCCGAGCUGAAGCUUGUUCGAUCGAAGCGCUUCUGCAGUUUUCGGAUCUCGCACUGGUUCGCGAUCCGAUAGCGUGAAUCGAAAGUGAAGGAUCGGGAUCGGGAUCGGGAUCGGAGCGGAGGAAUUCUCCGGCGACAUUUGGAGGGAUCGCCGAUUCCCGGUUGAUCCGAGAGGGAGGAGAGAGGAGGCGGAGAAUGGCGGCGGUCGCGGUCCACCAGUUCGCCCCGUGCAUCACCUGCCACGCCUGGAGUCCCGACCGCUCUAUGGUUGCAUUCUGUCCGAACAACAGUGAAGUUCACAUUUACAAACUUUCAGAAGACAAGUGGGAGCAAGCUCAUACUCUCCAAAAGCAUGACCAAAUUGUUUCUGGAAUAGACUGGAGCGGUGGGUCAAACAGAAUAGUAACAGUGUCCCAUGAUCGAAACUCAUAUGUAUGGAAUUAUGAAGGAUCAGAGUGGGUACCUACCUUAGUUAUCCUCAGGCUAAACCGAGCUGCACUUUGCGUUCAAUGGAGUCCAAAGGAAAACAAAUUUGCUGUUGGAAGUGGGGCGAAGACAGUGUGCAUUUGCUACUAUGAGCAAGAAAAUAACUGGUGGGUCAGUAAACUCAUCAGGAAAAGACACAAUUCAUCGGUAACAAAUGUUGCUUGGCAUCCUAACAAUAUUCUUCUUGCCACAACAUCAACAGAUGGAAAAUGUCGUGUAUUUUCAACUUUUAUUAAAGGUGUUGAUAUAAGGGAUUCCAAAGCAGGGUCUUCAUCUGACUCGAAAUUUGGGGAGGAAAUUCUUCAACUGGACCUCUCAUUCUCCUGGGCAUUUGGUGUAAAGUGGUCACCCAGCGGCAAUACCUUAGCUUAUGUCGGUCAUAGUUCUAUGAUUUAUUUCGUGGAUGAUGUUGGUCCUUCCCCAUUGGCACAGAACGUUGCAUUCCGCGAUUUGCCCCUCCGUGAUGUGCUAUUCAUAUCUGAGAAAACCGUCAUUGGUGUGGGAUUUGACUGCAACCCAAUGUUAUUUGCAGCAGAUGAAAGUGGCAUGUGGAGCUUUGUCAGAUUCCUUGGGGAGAGGAAGACAUCAUCUACUGGUCCCAAGUAUGGUUCGCAGUUUUCUGAAGCAUUUGGGAAACUGUAUGGCCAGUCAAAGUAUGGUAUGAACAAUGAUGCCGUCGACAAUUCAAGACAGCGUGGAGGGGUUCACGAGAACUGCAUAACUUGUAUUCUGCCACUUGGGGAGGCCGGGAGUUCGACCAUAACACGCUUCAGCACUUCAGGAUUGGAUGGUAAAGUGGUGAUUUGGGACCUGGAGAGUCAACCAGACCUAUUAGAAUAUCUAUAGGAAACUUUCUUUCCUCUGUAGCUGUGAGCGAGAAUGUCGAUUCUGUGAUGAUGUAUCGCGAUGCUCUUUGUACAUGGAUAUGAUCCACAAUAAUAAUAUCAGCCUAACAGUUUGUGCUGUAGCUUUUCAA